CCCCUUUCUCCUCUUCCUCUUCUUCCCCGAGAGAGAGAGAGAGAAUGAGAGGUGGGUGUGUCUAAGGUGAGAGUGUGAGAAGGAAGCGAAGAGAGGGUGUUUUCUCUGUGCUCUCUCUGUUGAGAGAGAGAGAGGGAGGGAGGGAGGAUGUUGCUGGGGAAGAGGCCGCGUCCGCCGAUGAGGAGGACGACGAGCAUGAGGGCGCUAUCGGCGGAGGAGCUCAACCUGGAGGUUCCGGACGCAGGGGCUGCGAUCGCCAUGGUGAUCGAGCAGCAGCAGCAGCAGCAGGGGCACCAGCAGCGAAGGGCCUCCGGCUCUGCUAGUGGGUUUCAGCAGCCGCAUCUUCAGAGACCAACAGCCAACGGAGGUUACAACCCUUCCGCUGCUGCUGCUGCUUCUGCUGCCGCCGGUGGCUUGUCGCCGAGGGCCAUCACCACCAAGGGGAGGAGGAACUCGGCGGACUUCAUGGAAGCAAGCCACUUCCUAAGGGCUUGCUCCCUCUGCAAGCGCCGCAUCGGCCCCGGCCGCGACAUCUACAUGUACAGGGGUGAUACUGCAUACUGUAGUCUAGAGUGCAGACAGCAGCAGAUGAACAUCGAUGAGAAGAAGGAGAAGUGCUCGAUGACAUCCAUGAAGAAGGAGGCAGUCCCUGCUGGGUCUGAGCCAUCCGGGAAAGGAGAAACAGUUGCUGCAGCAUGAUGAUGUACUCAUCGUUCAGCUGUCGUUUUCUAUGUUCUACCCUAUAAAUAUGUCCUGUUGUAUUUUUAUAAUUUGUAGCAAGGGCAGAACUAGUUCUGAAGUUAAAAGUGGAGUUAGGUCCUUGUUUUUAGAAAAAAAAGUUGGGGAAAUGAAGAUUAUUAGCUCCUUGUAUGAUUGGCUAGGGUGCAGCAAGAAUUUUCCUUAGAUGGGAAUCCAAUGUUCGCAUGAGUUUUGAGAGAAAAGAAGUGAAAAAGAAAAGGGAAAAGAAAGGAUAAAAACUUAAUUGUUA